CCAUUAUCAGCUAUGGCAAAAAUUGCUGCUGUAGUGCUCUUCGUGCUUGCUGCUGGCGCUGUUAGCGGGUUACAGCACGGAAAAAUACAGAUCGGACGCUCAGCUGUCGAUGGAUUUUACUGUGACACAGUAACCUUCCCAUCAUCCUUCACUGGGAGUGAUACAAUAAAAGUCUUAAUAUCUUUAAGCUUGGGAACAAACUCGUCGCGUGUGCAUGAUGUAGCAUUCACGUGGACCGAGUCCGUAACUACGAGUGGGUUUAGGGUGUGUGUGGUUGAGAGCGGGACUGGGUUCGAGGGGACUGUACGAGUGAACUGGGUUGCUUAUCAAGUGACUGAAUCAGGUGUGGCUGAAGGAAGUACCAGGUUCAACGACUGGACGACAGGAACACAAUGUAACCGAGUACCUCUAUCACAGGGGUUCCCAAACAAGCCCAAAGUUUUCAUCACAGCUCGUCACAACGUACUGAACAAAAGGCAAGAUGCUGCUGCUGUUUGGGUAGAACACAUCGCAAGAGAUGAAUUUACGAUUUGUUUGAGAGAAGCAAGAACAUUUGAUGGACGUCACAAGGAUAUUGAAGUGAUAUGGAUGGCUUUCAUUGAGGUUCCACUCUCUUGGCCUCAUAACGAGAUCAUUACUCUWCAAUUUCCAAAUUCUCUUCAACCGAGUGAAGAAGACAACGACGCAUUUUGCCAGAUCGUCAACUUUACCGAUCCCUACUUUUCACCUCCAUCGAUUGUCCUCACUCCAAGUCAUGAAUACGACAGCAGUAAUGUGAACGCUGUGCCACCAGAACACAACUCCAUUGUAGCCUGGAACGAGGAAAUAACGAGGACUUACUUUAGAGCUUGCGUGAAGGAUUUGGUUGGUUUGAAUACCAAGCAUCAUCCAAUUACUGUUGACUACCUGGUAUUUGGUGAAUUUAAUCCAUGUAUCAACAAAACGUGUGACUAUUUUGCAAAUUGUCAAGCAUUGUCACCAGGUGUUGCCCAGUGUGUGUGUAUUGCUGAAUGCCCCACAUAUCAAGAUCUAGUUUGUGCAACCAAUGGACAGACAUUUGACAACAUGUGCAUCAUGAAGAGAGAGAUAUGUAGAACCAGAGGAAACUUCACUUACUAUCACCCUGGAGGCUGCCAAGGAUUCCCAUUGGACAAAGGGAGACACUUUCUUCGUCAGAAAGACUUUCCAUGGUCAGAUACUCAAUGUGAGAUCGUGUCGCUCAAGCCCUACACUUUUUAUCCCGACAAACCCUUACAUAUCCAACUGACGGUGAACUACGUCAAUGCUUUACCGACUGCCAAGGUACACGAAGCUACAGUAACUUGGACCGAGAACGUGAAUAAGGCCAAUUUUACUGCGUGUAUUUCCAGGACAGGUAGGAAUGACAAUCCGUCAUAUGACAUGGAAUCAGUUGAUUGGAUAGCCUAUCAAGGAGCACCUAACGGUGGAGUUACCGGAAGGGAACGGUUCACACGAUGGUGGACUGGUACGACGUGUAGGACUGUUCUGUUUCCUGGGGGCAAGUUCUCUAGCUCUCCCACAGUGUUAGCUACACUGCAACAUCAACGAAGAGGCAUGAAACACGAUGCUGCGAGUGUUUGGGUAGAAGAUGUUGGUUCUUCGUCGUUCAAAAUUUGCUUAAGAGAACUGCAGAACUUUGACGGUGUACAUGAAGAUAUCAGUGUGGACUGGAUGGCAUUUGAGAUUCUACACCGUCCAUUGUUCUCUGAAUACGGUAGCAUUGACUUCCCUAAUGACUACACACCUCAACAAUCUGAUAAUUACGCAUUUUGCAAGACCGUUAACCUGACGAUAAGAUACAAUUACACCAAGCAGCCUUUAGUCAUGGUAACACCAACACACCGUACAGGUGGUGGACGGAAGAACCCACAGUGCAAUGGAAUAUCUGCCUGGAUUGAGAAAAUCACAUCUCGAUACUUCCGUGUUUGUAUGAAGGAGCUGUAUGCUAAUACGUACGAUCCGGUGAUAAUGCAUUAUGUCGUGGUAUCAGAUAUUUGUGGUAAAGGAUGGACGUACUUCGAUGGUUUCUGUUACUUGACCAACUCGUCMUGUGCCACGUGGCAGGCAGCACWGUCAAGCUGUCUCAGUMGUAACGCUAGCCUAGCAAGCAUCACAAGCCAGGAAGAAAGCAUUUACGUUCAACACAGACACGGUGGAGAAACUGGAUGGAUUGGACUGCAGGAUCUUCGGAGCAAUGGAAACUUUACAUGGAUCGAUGGAACUGAAGUGAAUUUUACUUACUGGGCACCAAACCGGCCAGACAAACUCAAAAGUGACCAAAACUGUGUUCAUACUCUAGGGCCGAGACAUGGCUAUUGGUGGAAUGACAUCACUUGUUCUGCGUGUCACCCUUAUACCUGUAAAAGAGAUGCCAAAGAGUGUCUUGGGUUACAUGGUUGCCAUAUUAACGCGCGUUGUGUAAAUACUCGUGGAUCUUACAAGUGCCUGUGUAAUAACGGAUAUGUUGGUGAUGGUCGCACCUGCAAUGCGAUUUCAAUGUCCGCUUCCCACAAUUGUGGUAACCUUCACCAGUCUACUAYUCCCCAAGGCGGUGAGAUCAUGUCACCAGGCUACCCAGGAUCUUACAGCGAUAAUCAGAACUGCUAUUGGACUAUCUCGUCGAAUACUAAUAUCGGUCUUUACUUUAAGACAUUCAAUACAGAAAGUUGCUGUGACCACAUUAGAGUCUAUGAUGGUAGUUCCACUUCGUCUCCUCGAAUUGGUUCUUACAGUGGAAGCACAUUACCUUCCUAUAUAACAAGUUCCUCAAAUCAACUGUAUAUAACUUUCAGUACCGACGGGUCAGUGAGAAAAAAUGGGUUUUCGGCAAAAUACGACGCACUGACACCAGGAUCCCUUCGUCUUGCUCGAGGCUCGAAUUUCUCUCGCGUGGGAAGAGUUGAAGUAUUCCUCAACAGUCAGUGGGGAACAAUUUGUGAUCACAGUUGGGACAUGAACGAUGCAAAUGUAGUGUGUAAACAACUUGGAUUCCCAGGGGCAAUUGCAUCACAUUCCAGCGCUACGCAUGGUCAAGGAACUGGGCAGAUUUGGUUAGAUGAGUUAGCGUGCACGGGCUCCGAGUCUAACAUUCUCGACUGUCCUAGUGCGCGAUGGGGCACCCACAACUGCGCCCAUACUGAAGACGCCUCUGUGGAGUGCCAGAAAAGAGUGAGACUUGUUAACGGUGCAUCUAAUUCCGGUCGUGUGGAGGUGUAUCAUGAUGGCCAAUGGGGUACAGUGUGCGAUGAUGCGUGGGAUAUGAAUGACGCUAAUGUAGUUUGCCGUGAGCUUGGAUAUUCAAGUGCUUCUUCGGCUCCACGAAGUGCAACCUAUGGUCAGGGAACUGGACCAAUAUGGAUUGAUGACACUCAUUGUAUUGGCAGUGAAGACUCCUUACUAUCGUGUGGGUAUCGUGGAUGGAUUAGUGGCAAUGGUGGCUGUAGUCAUAGUAAAGAUUCUGGCGUCGUUUGCCAGUAACAUAUUAAAUCAUUGUAGAAUCCAGAUAGGAAAGUCAGUAGUUAUGUAGCUUGACAUGAUAGGCUUUUACUUUUGCUUAUUGCAAUAGUUCAAUAACUCAAGUAUGUGAUUGUACCUCUGAUAUUGUAAAGGGAAAUGUACAAUUAGCCAUCGUUUAAAGAAAUAGAAUAAAAUGGUGCAUGGCAGACAAGGUU